AUUAAUUUUGUGUAUACUCGAUCAUUCCGAAUUCCGGACUGAUUCAAUUUCGAUUAAAUUUAAAGAAAAAUAUUGUCGACAAUAUCGAUUUGUCAAUUUUAUACACGGAUAUUUGCAGUUUACUUCACAUUGAACUUUUUAUCUCAAUGUUAAUCUAAUCAUUAUUGUUUUUUUUUUACGUCCUCGUAUAAUCAAGGAUUAUUAUGUACGCGGAAAAUUCGACCGAAAUCGAUGAGGAAUUUUUCGACGCGUUGGCGUUGUUACGUUCGAACGAUGACGACAGUACUGAGAAGCUUAGGAAAAUGUUAGACGAACAAAUUGAGAAAAGAUAUGGUAAAAGUAAAACAUUGGCUGUUAGAAUGUCCAAAGAAUGUUUGCAAAAAGAAAUAACACGUUGCAAAACGUAUUCCAAAAGUUCGUACAAAUUAACACCUGAAAAAAAUCUAGAAAUAAAUAAGCCCGAUGAUAAUUGUUACGAAAUAAACGAGAAAUCGGUAAAAAAUGUUGAAAUAAAUGUUCAAAGGACAUACGACGAACAAAAUCAUGAUGAUGAUGAUAAUUAUAACGAUGAUAAUGAUAAUGAUGAUGCUGAUGAUGAAUUUGAAAAGAUCGAUAUACCAAGAAUCUCGAUUCCUGAUGAUAUCGCAACGGAUGGUGCACUUUGCAAGAUAUGCAACGGUACGAAGUUGGGUCCUCUGAUAUUGCUUGAGUGCCAAGAGUGCCAAGAGAUCUAUCAUCCCCUUUGCCAUAAUCCAGCGGUCAUCGAUAUAGACGUCUACGAUCCCAGACUCGUUUGGCGAUGUGGAAAAUGCGUCGAAGUUAGAGCCUCCUCCUAUGAGACUCCUCGUCCUCCUCCUCCUCCUCCUCCUCGUCCUCCUCCACCACCUCCUCCUCCUCCUCUUUUAGAAGAAGAUCGUAAGGAUGAUGUUAAAAAAAUUCUUAACAAAUGUUCCAAAAUCGUCAACGUCGAAAAGAAAAAACCUUGUGUUAAGGUAUACGGAAAUGAAAAAAUGUUCAAACGACGACGCUGA